AUGGCUCAAGCCAUGAGAAUGUUCCUAGGUCUGUUGCUGGUGUCAGCUCUGACGAGCUCAGUGAGUGCUCGGCGGAUGCUCCUCGGCAGCUCAAGGCUCCACAUGAAGCGGUCACUACUACAAGUCCCCGUAGAAACUGAGGAGCCGCCUCAGCCGUACGCUGCAACCACGUGGUGCGCCACCCUGGACUGCCUGACCACAGCCAUGUCAGCGGCACAGGGCACCAACAACAGCAUGAUCAUCGUGACCGAGAACAUCGACCUCAAGGGCCAGCCCCUCCCCGCCGUUGUGAACAAGCUCGAGGUGAUGGGGAACUGCCCCGACGGCUGCUGCUGGAUCGACGCUCAUGGCAUGAGCCAGAUCUUCGUCGUGACUGGGGAGGGCCGAUUCACAUCGCACAUGCUGGAGAUGCGCCGUGGCAAGGCCACUGGCUGCGGAGGAGCCGUCUGGGUGGCGCAGGGCGGGCGCGCCGGCUUCUUCGGCACCAAGUUCAACAACAACACUGCAGUGACCGGUGCCGCUGUCUGCUUCGACAAGGGCGCCAAGGGCUUCUUCAAGCAGGGCAGCUUCAAGAACAACGUCGCGUCUGCGUCCGGCGGAGCCGUCUUCGAGGACCAGAACGUGUGCGUGACGUACAUCGAGACCAACUUCGCGUCUAACCAGGCCAACAGCGGAGGCGCCGUCGCCGUCAGCAACGGCAGCUCUGCUGACGUGCAGUACAGCCUGUUCGCUACCGACUCCGCCAAGACCCAAGGAGGUGCCAUUGACGCCGCCACCGGAUCCGUUAUCAGCGUGACCAACACCCAGUUCGCUGGCUGCACUGCUCCCACUGGAGCGGAUGCGAACCUGGCUGCCGGGGUUGCCAACUCCUUCAUCAAGAACACAUACUCCGCUCAGGGCUCUGUCGUUAACGGCAACGUCUGCGCGACGCCUGGGGGCGCUUGCACCGUUCAGGCCCCCCUCUGCAACUGGAUCCCUAAGGACUGCCAGAUGCCGCUGACGCCCUUCCCGAUCCCGUCGCCGUCUCCCUCUGCCUCGCCGAUGCCCUCCCCUUCGGCCUCUCCCAUCCCCUCCCCUUCGGCUUCACCGAUACCCUCUCCUUCCAGCUCCCCUGUGCCCCCCUCACCGCCCACCACCCCUGCUCCUACCACGGCGGCCCCGACCACCCCGGCACCCACUACUCCGGCGCCGACCACCCCUAAGCCCACCACUUCUGCACCUACCACGGCGGCCCCUGUUCCGACUACCUCUGCCCCGGUGCCAACUACCGCCGCACCUGUGCCGACUUCCGUCGUCCCCACAAUGACGCCAGCGCCCACUCCCGUGGCGACCCGCCCCCAGCCCUGCAUCAGCAACGGGACCUCGGUGAAGGGCGACCCUCACUUCAUCGGCAAGCACGGCGAGAAGUUCGACUUCAUGGGCGAGGCUGGCAAGGACUACUGCCUGAUCGCGGACAAGAAUCUGCACAUCAACAUGCACGUGUUUGCCGGCAGAAGAGAAGGCACCACUUACAUCUCGGAGAUCGGUAUGCUCAUCGGCUCCGACGAAGUGUACGUCUCCGCUAAGUCUUCCGACACGGCCGGCUGGAAAGACACCCAGGGCCAGGUCCUCAUCAACGGCAUCGAGCUCCCCGCUUCGGACCUCAACAUGACGCUCUCGGACGGCCUCACAAUCACCAGGACGCGGACGUCCGUGAGAAUCGUGAAGGCGGGCCUGCUGGACGUGACGCUCGACAUCGCGCGCGCGUCCUUCUGGGAGAACGGACCCGGACAGAACUUCAUCAACUUCAAGGUUUCCAGCCUCGACGUCUCCCCCAGCGUCCACGGAGUGCUCGGACAGACCUACCGGGAGACGGCCAAGACGUAUCAGAAGCUGGUCAACGGCCCCGAGUACAAGAAGCUGCGGGCCAACGGCAUGCCCUUCUUCGUCGACGGCGAGGAGAACGACUAUGAGACCUCAGGUAUCAUGGCUGCUGACUGCAAGUUCGCCCGCUUCUCCAUUCAAGAAAGUACCGUCUCUGCUGGUGGCAGGAAACUGUUGGCACACUAG